AUGCAGGGCCUGUCAGACUCGCAGGAGCCCAGUCCCAGGGCCGAGGGCUCCUAUGGGAGGGUCCCAAAAAUCCUGCAUACCGACCAGGGCCGGCAGUUCGAAGCAGAGGUGAUUCAGAGCCUCUGUCAAUGGCUGGGGAUUAAGAAAACACGCACCACUGCCUAUAAUCCCAAAUCUGAUGGCAUGGUGGAGCGUCACAACCGGACUCUGAUCGAUCAGCUGGCGAAGAUGUUGCUUUCGCAUGGAGGUGAAUGGGACACUUAUGUGAAGCAAGUCGCCUUUGCAUACAACUCCUCUAAACAUGCCAGCACCCGGUUCACCCCCUUCUACCUAAUGCAUGGACGUGAGGCCCGGGUUCCUGCUGACGUGCUGGUGCCUGCUGGUGAUCUGGACUCCCGGGGCACUGGGUCCCAGGUGGAUUAUGCAUCCACCAUUGCAGAGCGGCUGGAGUCAGCCUUCGGCGCAGCCAGGCUUAACUCUGCGGAGGCCCGCGAGAGACAGAAACUGGCGAGGCUGGGUCAGCUGGAGCGUUGGGGGCGGAGCGCCGUGCAGUACCUGAAGCUCCAGCGGUGUCGCCGCGUGGGCUCCUCCCCGGCCGUGGGGGGCUGCAGGCCUGACGGGAUGCAGCUCCUUACCGCCGCCCUGUACGUCUCGGAGCAGGUCACCCACCUAGGAGCUCCAGAUAAGGUGGUGGCCCUGCUCCCGGACUCCUCGGACCCCACGGGGCUGGGGGUCUACAGAGCGGGGGGCGGCCCUCAGCCCACGGCAGCCCACGACGCGGUCCUGCUAGUGGAUCCAAGCCCCGGGGAGAACUUCGGCCAUCCUGUGGUUCUGUUUUACGUGGACAUGAACGUGACCAAGAAACGCUGUUCGCUCAUGGAGGGCCUUUACUUCGGGGAGGAGUGUUUGACUCUGGCAUUGAAGGGUCGCUGUCAGAACCAGUUGAAGCGUCGUUCGUCCACGUCCCAGCGGUUGCUUAGAAACCUUGAGCGGAGGGCAGGGCCAUGUGAGGUCACCUUCCUUCCCCUAGUGGUUGGACUGAGAGACAGCAACAAAACACAGAGACUCAGGUGUAUCGAGCACCCUGAGUUUGGGCCGUGCCCCCAGACCCUUCCCCCACCCCCCCCCAUCCAGCAGUUGUCCAGCUGUGAGCUGAACAGAAACACCCGGCGAUGCCACCACCCCCCUCUGGCCUCCCAGGGCUCCUGCAGGCUGUACCAGACCUGCGACCACGCCCUGCUCCUCUCUGGAGGCUGGCAGCAGCAGAUCCUGUUCCAGCACCAGCUGCAGUCCCUCCAGAAGUUCUACGGGAUGCUGAGGGAUAACGGCUUCCACCAGGACCACAUCAAGACCUUCUUCUCUGGCCCCGGACACACUCCUGAGGGCAUGCAGGGUGCUCUCCCAGCGGUAGAGAAGGCUGUGAUUCGUCAGUACGUGUCCUAUGUGUGUAGGAAGCAUCACUGCGUGGACUCUCUGGUCCUCUUCCUCAACUCCCCAACGUGUACUGACGGCUCCAUGCUGCUCUGGGACCACAACCUCAACGGCGUAGCGGAGCUGAAGGAGCGCUACUCGGUGAACGAACUGCUGGUGGACCUGGCGGGCUGCAGGGCAAGCCGGGUCCUGGUGUUCGUGGAGCAAAGCUACAGCUCCGUCCUCUCCAAGAGGCUGCGCAGCUCCUCCAAACACCUCAACGUGGUCCCAAUCAUCAGCCCCGCCCAACAGUACCCUGACCCAGGAGAGGGGUCCUGGAACCACCUGACCCCAAGAACCUGCCUCAUAGAUCACCUGGGAAAGGGUCAAGAGAAGUCAGGCCUGCUCUCUCUGUGGGCAGGGCUACUGAAUGUGACGCUGGCGGGCGCACCCUGCAAGGCCACACCCCCUCUAACCGACGCCCAGCUGCAGAGGGAAUACCUGGGCUGUCAGAACCUGCCCACUGCGCUCUGGUACCAUCACCGGACCUGAGGGGGAGGGAG